UUUGCAAAAUGUCAUUCACAGGAACUUUGGACAAAUGCAAGGCUUGUGACAAAACUGUUUAUGUGGUUGAUUUGUUAACUCUUGAAGGUAUACCUUACCAUAAAAACUGCUUCAGAUGCACUCACUGCAAGGGUUAUCUUACGAUGAGUACCUAUUCCUCAAUGGAUGGUGUCCUGUAUUGCAAGACACACUUUGAACAGCUUUUCAAGGAAUCUGGAAAUUUUAGUAAGAACUUUCAAACAGGUAAAGAUUCAUAUUCUACAACAUCAUCUUCUGAUUCUAACAAGGCUCCAAGCAGACUCUCAUCCAUGUUUAGUGGAACUCUAGACAAAUGCUCAGUUUGUGGAAAAACAGUGUAUCCACUGGAGAAGAUGUCGCUGGAAGGAGAGUGCUAUCACAAGACAUGCUUUAGGUGUGCUCAUGCAGGUUGUCCUCUGACACACUCCAACUAUGCUGCCCUUGAUGGUGUCCUGUAUUGCAAGCACCAUUUCCAGCAGCUCUUCAUGGAGAAGGGUAACUACAACCAUGUACUCCAGGCUGCAAAGGACAAAAAGGUCAAUGCCACUCCACCUUCUGAACAAGCCGAUGCUGAAGAUGGCGAGAAGCCGGAGUCCGAGGAGAAGAAAGAGGAAGAAGAAGAAGCAGCUCAUGAGGAAGAAGAAUCUAAGGAAGAGGAAGAGGAAAAGAAAGAUGAGGACACUUAGAGUGUUUGUCAUGCAUUGGAGAAGCAUAUAUGAAGUCUAAGUUCUUUUUCUUAUUAAUUAAAAUUUUACUGUCUAAUAUUUUACAUUGGUUUUAUUUUUCGCUUCAAUUUUUAUGUAUUUAUAUACAAAAGAGAGAU